AUGUCAAAUAUAUCACCUAUUUAUCAUUAUUUAGCUAACACAGGAUCAAAUCAAAAACAACAACAAUUAAUAUAUGAUGGCGUUACGAUUACUUGGCUAUUAGCCACAUUAGGUGGUAAAAAUAAUUCUAACAUGAGGAGUUUUAAAUACAAUACCAAUUCUAAUGAUAAUAAUUCUACUGGCAGUAAUAACCACAUUGGAAAUCAAAUUAGAGUCUCUAAAAUGCCUAACAACAUUAAAAAAAAAGAUAUUAUAAAAGUCUGUAUCCCUAAAAUAUGUGAGGUUAUUGAGAAUACAAAUAAAGAACUCUCUUUAAAAUAUGUUUCAAACUUAAUGUAUGGGGUGACUAUCUGCUAUGAUAAGAAAACCGAAUUUUUGCUUGAUGAUUUGAAUAAUAUGACAUCUCAAUUGAAUAGACUUACAAAUAGUGUUCGAUUUUUCCAUUCAAAAGGCAAUCAUACGGGUUUAACAAGAUCAAAAAAUAUUAUCAGAAGGCUACCAAGACCAAAUAAUGGUGUUGUUACAGAUAGAUCAAUAUUUGAAAAUUAUACGGAAAAUGCGACGUUAAAUAAUGCUCCUCCACCAAGCUCCAAUAAUGUAAAUGCAAAUAAUACUGGAAUAUUUAAUGAUGAUCCAAAAUUUAAUAUCAACUACAUCUUUGAUAUUACCAGUAUACUAAGGGAGGAUAAUGGAAACAUUGAUGCUUCUUUAAUAAAAAGAACAGAUCUUCUUAAUGAAUUGACCAAUUCAAAUAAUGCAGACACUUUAUCUACCACCACCGCUACAGCAAAUGUAACAUCAAGAAGUCUCGAAAAUAAGAAUGAUCGAUUACUUGAUCUCAAGUAUCACUCAAAUAACAGCAUACACGGCAGUCUUUCUUUAAAUAAUCCUUUGAUGGUUGAUGAUAUACCUUUUGAUAUUGAUUUUGAUUUAGAUGUAAAUGAAUUUGGUAGUCAGCAUGGAACUUCCAAAUCAGAUACUAAUAGUAAAACUUCUGAUAGUUCUUUUGUCGCAGAUUAUGGCGGGAAUUUUGAUAUCAAUGUCAAUAUAGAAGAGUCAGAAAAAAUUGCAGAUCUCUCUAAUAUGAAUUUAGAACUUGAGGAAAAUGAAUCAGAAAAUACAAAAAUUCCUAAUGAUAUUAGUUUAGUGACUGGCGAAAGUGAGUUAAAUAGGGAGCGUAAUAAUCGUGUAAAAAGAAAUUCGAAAAGAAAUUUGAAUGUAAUGCACAUAAAAUAUAUCACGUUUGAUGAAAAAACUAAUUAUUCGACUGAUAGAUUAAGAAGCAAUUUUGAAAGUUAUAAUUCGAUAAUGAUUGAAAAAAAUAUGCUAAGAGACCGUAUCAACUGUCAAACCAACCAUAUGCAUAACAAAUUAGUUAAACUAAUUGAAAAUAUAUCAUUUGAAUCAAGCGUAAUGCAAGAAUGUUAUACAUCAUUGUUUAAUAAAUCACUCCAAAGGCAAGUACUCCCAAAAUUAAAUAUAUCAUUUAAGAGAAAAAAAGAAUUUCUUGACCAAGAAACUGAAUCAAUUGAAAGAGGCCGUAAAAGGUUAAGGCCGUUUGGCUUGAGUUCUAGAUCUAGUAGUCUUUCCAGUCAAGAAAAAGGUAGAAGAUUAGAUCUAAGUAAGAGAAACAUUUCCUUUGAAAAUGACGAUUUAGUUGAAUAUGAUGCUGACGGUGGCUUAAAUGAUGAAAACAACUCGAGAAAUGAAUUAUUAAAUUUAGAGCAAAUCGAUGAGGAGCUCGAAAGUAAUUAUAAUAGAGAUUCAAUCAGAAACAACAGCGGCUCAUGGAAUUCUAGUAGAAAUGCUGAGAGGGAUCUGAUGAGAAUUGAUUUGAAUAUACCUCCUUCGAGUUUUGGAAGACAGCAUAGUCGAGCUGAAUCAGCAAAUUUAGGGAGUGAGAUGGAUGUAAUUGAAGAGCUUCAAGCCAAAACAGAACAAAGAGGUGAAAAAUACAUCAUAGAAAAUAAGCUAUUAGAUGAGGUAGAAGAAGAACACUCUACUCAUGAAAUAACCAAUGAAACCCCAUGUGUGGAAGGGAAGGAAUCUGUUGAGAGUCAAGAAAAAGUCGACGUAGGAUCAACAAUUCUAGACCAGCAAUCAAGAAAAUUUUAUGAAUACAUAAACAGUCGGGCAGAAAUAAUGGGCAGAAAUACCUUUUCCAAUCCUCCUUUUGAGCGUAAAUUACUGUUUGAAGAUAUAAUACCUAGCACUCUUUCAGAGGAAGAUGCUGAAGAGAAAGUAAUUUCAGUUAGCCAUAAAAUCGCUGCAAAUGCAUUUUUGUCGCUUCUAAAUCUGGUCUCUAGAGGGUUAGUUGAUUUGCAAGAAUACGAAAACAGUGAGAUCAAAUCGGAAACUAACUUCAAUGCUUUAAACGGUGACGAUAUUAUCGUGUUUAUAUAA